GGCUAUGUCUUCAAUUCGCGCGCAGAUCUGGAGGAGAUUGCCAUGCAAAGGCAGGCCAUCUGGGAUCUGCUGAAGAAUCUUGGGUCACACCUGCUUCGAGAGGGAGUCAACUUGACCAAAGUCUCACUGCCGGUGAAAGUUUUCGAGCCUCGGAGCUUCCUGCAGCGCAUCACAGACAACUGGGCCUACAUUGACCUGCUCGAGAAAGCUGUGGAUGCCACCGACCCGAUCAAAAGAAUGCAGUAUGUGGUGGGUUUCGUCAUUGGGGGCCUAAGGAGACAGACAUCUACCUUGAAGCCCUUCAAUCCCAUCCUGGGGGAAACGUAUCAGGGUGUAUACAGCUCUGGGGUGCGCGUGCAUGCAGAGCAGAUAUCACACCAUCCGCCAGUCAGCAGCUGGCAGGUGGCUGACCCUGAUGGAAAGUUCAUCUUUUCUGGGAGCGGAAAUUGGAAGGCAUCUGCCAGGGGGAACUCCAUCAAGGGGCAGCAGGCAGGCGUCAACAGAGUGCACUUCUCUCGGGAUGGAGCAGUCAUCACUUGGGAGCUGCCAUCCCUCCUGCUGCGAGGCAUCUUGUGGGGCGAGCGGAGCCUGAAAUACUCUGGCACAAUCACCUUCAGAGAUGAUCUGAACGAUGUGGAGUGUGAUAUUACCAUUGAUGGCGGGUCCAAGCAGGGCUUCCUGUCAUCCUUGUGGCGCGGGAAGAAGGUGCAGAAGAACCUGGAUCAGCUCCACGGCAGUCUCAGGAAGGGAGGCGCUGACGUGGACACUGUGCAUGGCAGCUGGCUGACAUCGGUAGAGUGGCAGAGAGGCGGGCCGGGCGGCAAGAGUUUGCGAGUGUGGGAUGUGGCCAGAAAUCCAGUGCAGGCGCCCAAGCCUAUAAUAGAGCCGCUGCCUUCAGACUGCCGCUUCAGAGAAGACCUGCAGUCCCUCCAGAAGGGCGACAGGGACAAGGCACAGGAAUGGAAGAGCCGCUUGGAGCAUGUGCAGAGAACGGAUCAAGCCCUGAGAGUGGCAGGCCGGCUGUGAUGCUCUCAUCUGAAUUGAGUCGUAUUACUUGAGCAUCCAGCAUUGCAUGGUCAUGUUUUUCUGCACGGCAUUUCAGGGUCACUGCCUCAUGGUUCAUAAACUAUUUUGAGUGUGUUCAGUGAGCUUAUCGCUUGCUCAUGCUGAUUCAUUGUUCGGCUUGCAAAGUCUUUGCGGCAAUGAUGCAGUUUGUACAGAAUCGCCUUCACUGCGAGCUUGUUAGCGGGGAGCUUUCUCUAGAGAUUUGUAGACAGCUAUUGAGAGGUGAAUUUAAGGCUGAAGUGUGCGAGUGCUGAAUAAAGAGGGAUCCGUUUGCAAUGUGCAUGCCUUUCUGAUGACACAAGGAUGUGCACCCUUCUGUACAGAUGUGCUGAAGGAGACUCAUCUACCUACUGUUUCAGAAGUAACGAAAGAUUGUAAGUACGUACAGGUGUAUAC